CUGUGUUUACAUCGUGUGACGCCUCAUGACCGGGACUCCUCGCGUCGCUUCGCCCGGAACAGGAGCUGCUGCUGCGGCUGCGGGUUCAUGACGGAGCCGGUGACCGAGGACAAGCGCGUCUGUCCCCCCGGAGACACCGGAGACACCGGGAACACCGGAGCAGGGAGCUAAAGCUAAUGCUAGGCUAACUGGGGGCUAGCUUCACCGGAGGCUAGCGUCAGCCUGUGGACCAGGGGACCAGCAAGAAGACCUUUCCACAGCUUCUAUGACCUUGGGUCGUCCGCCCCCCCGAUCACAGGAUGUAUCCGCCGGCUAGAAAGGAUUUCAUCUCUCUGACGCUCAGUGACCCACACGCACACAACUACAACAACGGGAAGCACCGGCGCCAGUCCUGCUGGAGGAAAUGGAAGCAGUUGUCUCGGCUCCAGCGAAGCCUCAUCCUGCUCCUGCUGGCUCUGCUGCUCAUCGUCGGACUGCUCUCAUAUCCAAGCGUCUCACAGCAAUGGGGAGGUGUGUCUGACAGGGACGAGUGGCUGGAGCUGAGCGACAGGGAGCUGAACGCUGCUCCUCCAGCUGUGAAGCCCGUGUUGGAUCCAGAUGCAGCGAAAGCUCUGGCUCCCAUGCCGGUGCCACAUUUAGGACUAGCUGAGGUUCCAGAUACUGUGGCCGAGCCCCAAGGACCAAUCAUCCCUCUGCUGGCAAAACCUCCCAUUCAGAAAAAGACAAUUGUGAACAAGAGGGGUCCACCGGGCACGAAGAGAGAUGGCAACGCUUCAGACGUGGUCGCUGGAGAAAAUCAACAGCAAGUGGCUGUUCAAGAAGAAGAAGAAGAAGAAGGAAGAGAGGACGAGGACAAAGAAAAGAAAAUUGUCAGCUGGAGAGGAGCGAUGAUCGAAGCCGAACAGGCCACGGAGACGCCGCCUUCGGCCGCUGAGAAAGACGCCGCGGCGCCCCCGGCCGACCCGGCUGCCACCGUCCCACUGGAAGUCUCAACUGUGAAGGUGGACAGACUGGAGGCCGUACGCGACGCCUUCCGACACGCGUGGAAAGGUUACAGGGAUCACGCCUGGGGUCACGACGAGCUCAAGCCCAUUUCCAAGUCCUUUGGGGAGUGGUUCGGUUUGGGUUUGACCCUCAUCGACUCUCUGGACACGAUGUGGAUUCUGGGGCUAAAAGAAGAGUUUGAAGAAGCAAAGAACUGGGUAGAGAAAGAACUCACCUUCAACAAGAAUGUGGACGUGAACCUUUUCGAGACGACUAUCCGUGUGCUCGGGGGUCUGCUGAGCACCUACCACCUCUCAGGAGACCAGCUCUUCCUAGAGAAAGCAAAAGAUCUCGGCUCCAGGCUGAUGCCGGCCUUCAAAACUCCCUCAAAGAUCCCAUUCUCAGACGUGAACAUCGGGAAGGGAACCGCCCACCCCCCCCGCUGGACGUCUGACAGCACGCUGGCCGAGGUCACGAGCAUCCAGCUGGAGUUCAGAGAGCUGAGCCGCCUCACGCAGGAGCCACAGUAUCAGGAGGUCGUGGACGAGGUGAUGAAGCUGGUCCACAAGCUGCCGGGCAAACACGACGGCCUGGUGCCCAUGUUCAUCAACACCAACAGCGGGCAGUUCUCCCACAAAGGAGUGUUCACGCUGGGCGCCAGGGCCGACAGCUACUACGAGUACCUGCUCAAACAGUGGCUGCAGGGCGGGAAGACGGAAGACGAUCUGCUGGAGGACUACCUUCAGGCCGUGGAGGGAGUGAAGAAGCACCUGGUGAAGCAGACGGGUCCCGGCAGGUUGACCUUCGUUGGAGAGCUGUCCCACGGCCGCUUCGUCGCUAAGAUGGAUCACCUGGUUUGCUUCCUGCCGGGGACACUGGCGCUCGGGGCGCACAACGGCCUCCCCGGCGACCACAUGGAUCUGGCGCUGCAGCUGAUCGAGACGUGUCACCAGAUGUACACGCAGAUGGAGACGGGACUGAGUCCAGAGAUCGCUCACUUCAGCCUGCAGGCCAGCGACGGGCGGGACGUCGUCGUCAAGCCGGCGGACAGACACAACCUGCUGAGACCUGAGACGGUGGAAAGUCUCUUCUACAUGUACAGAUUCACCAAUGACACAAAGUACAGAGACUGGGGAUGGGAGAUUCUUCAGAGCUUCAAUAAGUACACCAAGGUUCCCGACGGCGGCUUCACGUCCAUUAACAACGUCCGUGACCCCCUGAACCCCGGGCCCCGGGACAAGAUGGAGAGCUUCUUCCUGGGCGAGACGCUGAAGUACCUGUACCUGCUCUUCUCCGACGACCCGGAGCUGCUCAGCCUGGACAAGUUCAUCUUCAACACGGAGGCGCACCCUCUCCCCAUCUGGCCGUCGGCGCCCAAGUGACGCUACCGAGCGGGAGACGUCUGUCAGAAACGCUCGGGUGCUCAGGAUCCUGGAUGAGUCGAGCAGCUGCUCGGUCAGAACCCGUCCAGGCCGGAGCAGAGCAGCUCGGUGGUGUUCACCGUCUCUCACCAUCCAGGAGCUCAUUCGGUUUUUCCUUUUUUCUUUAUUUUUGAUAUAUAAGGAAAAGGUUUCUGUUGGAGCUGGUCUCUGAUGUGAAACCUCUUUUGUGACUCUCUGGAGCUGAAGAGUAAGAAGAAGGUGGGAUUGCUUUAAUACCUGGGAAACGCUGCGAGCUCUGGUGUGUGUGUCUGUGUGUGUGUCUGUGUGUGUGUGUGUAGUUACAACCAUUAUGAUUCCACCCCGGUUCGUUUUUCUUCCAUAUUUUGAGGAGCAGAUCCUCGUUAGUCCUGUGGAGUCAGAAGUCUUGGCUGUGAAGUUGCAGUCACCAGUGGUGGAGCCCACUCAGCGAGAUGAAGUUCGAUGCUCUUAAAAUGAAGUUCAGUCAUGACUAGUCAGCACUUUGUUAGUUCCUCUCAGUACCGGUCCGUCCUGAGUGUUUCUGGAGAGCUGCUCAGCUUCCGUGCAGCUAGUGCCUUGCUGAAGAGCAAAGGCAGAAGAUUCCUCAAUAAGAGACUUUAUAUAAAGAUGGACAACGGGUCUUUAAUUCCUCCCACUAUCUAGAAAUCAAGCCGGAGUCUGUGCAGUAGUCGUCAGGGGGCGGAGCAACAGGGGGGAGGUCCCGUCGAUACGAGCGCUCGACCAAUCACAAGUCUGCUUCAGCUGUCAAUCACGACAUUCUCACCCGACUUAUCAGAAACUUACUCGAACAUCAUUGUGAUAAGAACAACCUUAAAUGACUUAGUUUGGUGAGUGUCCCAUCUGUUAACAUGGAGGGGACAGGGUUUAUGGCCUAUCCUUCAGCCAGCCUCUAGGGGGCGAACAAGACGCUUUAGCCGAGCUGUCAUGUCGUCCGUCUUUAUACAAAGUCUGUUCCAAAUACCUCACGUGUGUCUUAAUUAGAUAAAAACCUGAUUAACACCGACUCUAAUCGUAGUUUUCUCUUAAUUGAGAAGAUUUGUGAAUUCCCAGAAAUCUUUGCACUUCAGAUCGAUCACGUGUUGGAUCCUUUUCCACGUGUAGCAGGAAUCGUUUCAACACCAAAAGACAACUCACAGUUUAAAGGGAAAUUUGGUUCUUAUUUUUAAGUCACGUUUAAAUGUGGUAAAAGUUUGAAGGUGAAAGGUAUUUAAUAGUUAGAUGAUUAAAUCAGACCUGAGAGAUUUCAGGUCUGUAACAAGAUGACAUUAGGUUUUAUUAUUGAAUGAACACAUUUGUUCUGUUCAUUUUUUGGGGGAGAUUUUGCAUUUUUGUCACAGAGGAACUAAGAUAAACGUCCCAUCUUGAGUUUUAUUAAAUCCAUUUUUGUUUUAAAUCAGAUACAGGAGAAUUAUCUGAGGCCGCCGCGCCGCCUUAAAUCUGCCGUCGCUGUGAAGUCGGAUCAGAAAAUGAACAAAGUCAUCAUUUCCUGCGUCAGGGACGAUAAACACGCCGGCGUUCAUUCAUCCUCUGUUCACAGGCGACUCGUCUCCGAAGUGAAGUCGUGUGGAAUUUGUUUUCUUCCUUCUCGGAGGAGUUUUGAUUCAUCGCUGUUGAGCAGUCGCGGAUUUUCCCGUCAAAUGUGAUGAAGAGCGGCGCCGUAGGAGCGCUCGUUUUCCACGUGCUCACGUUGAAGGAUGUGUGUCCGCUGUCGUGAAUGUGCUGCUUGAACAAACGUCUCGAUUCAGGAACACAAGGUCACGUCCCCCCCCCACCGCA